AUGCCCCCGACAAGAGAGCGGCUGGCAUCUGAUGUCUUGGCUCAAGGGAUGCUUUCCAAACGAAAGAACGUCCCCCGUCGUUCCGAUCCUCCCCUGGGGGCGUCUCCGCUGUCUCGUGCUUGAGCGUAGGACCGGUCAAUCAUGAUGCUGGUUGCCGUCCUGAUCAUCACCGCUGUCCUUCCACAUGGUACUGCUCGGGAGCGCUCUUCUCGGGUCGACUGCACUGUCUUAAUUUCGUGGGUGGGUGUGCAUGUGUCAUGGAUCUUUUCAGCUGCAGGCCAUUCGCUGUCCACGACCGACGUUACCGAGGCGGGCACCCUCGAUAGUAGCCUCGGCAACCAGACAUGUAGGCGUGCAGCCCGAGACAGCCGCCAGAGAAUGCCAAGAGAAUGGCAUCCGUAUGGCAUCGAUUGCAGGUCCCCUCCAACCCACGUCAACUUCGCACACUGCCGAAAGAUACGCCUGUCCUCCUAAGCCAAAAGGUAGGGAGACAGAGGCAAGAAGAGAUGCCACGACAUGACAAUUGCGACAUGAUGCAUUCAUUGUUUGUCCGUCUGUGCGUCUACAGGCUGUGAGAUGAACGCCGGACGGAACGGUUGUGCGCAUUCCUCCCCCGCUUACCAAGAUUGCAUCACGUCCGUCACUCUGGCAGAGGCCGUCCGCGGUGCUGACGACAGCUUGCGCCUCCUCCGCGACGUCUGGGCAGCGAAAAAGGAACGGUUCCCGUGCAAGGACAGCAGCCUUAAGAAGCUCGCUUCCGAAGCGGCAGCACUGAUGACGGGACAAGGAUGCCCUACGAUCCUCCAUGGCUCUCCUCCUCCGAAGAAGUUUGCCAUGGAUGCCAUCCGGGGCACUGGCCUUUUCGAGAGUACGCGUUGAAUGCAGAGACAUGCAUUGAUACACUGUGUCCCUUCGUCCCCCUCUUUCUCUCUCAGAGUGCCAGUGCUGCAACGAUGCUCAGAAAGGCAAGGAGCUUUAGCUGACGAGACAGACCCUUGUUCAAAGGAAGCCACAAUGCAUGCCCAAGGAGAGAGAGGGAGAGGGGGAGAGAGAGAGAGAGAGAGAGGGAGAUGGAGAGAGACAUGAGACAAGCACCCGCCCACGACAGACGACUGACAGACGCUGAACGGACAGCUCCGCCGCCCGCCUAUUUUGAUUCCAUCACUUCCAUCCAUUCACGCGACUUCCUCCC